AUGCAGUUCUUCAAUAUGCUUCUUUUAACAAUUGCUACUACUAUCUCUGCUCAAUUAAGUCUUCCCGGCGUUCCUGAUGCACCACUUAGCAUUGCUACGGCACCCCCACUGCCAGGAGAUGUAGGACCACCUCUUGCCUCCGAAGCUUCAUCGCAAGUCGCCUCUAUAUCUAGCGAAAUCGCUGGACACAUGUCAUCUGUAACUAGCUCAAUUGCCGCUCAGUCUUCAUCUCUCAAGAGCGAGGCGUCCGGAAACAUGGUGUCUAUGACCAGCUCACUCGCCUCAGAAGCAUCUUCUGUCUCCUCAAAAGUAUCUUCUAUCUCUUCGAAAGCAGGCAGUAUUUCCAGUGAAAUAGCUAGUAAAACUAGCGACCUUAAUUCUGGCAUGGGACCCACUAGCACAGCCACAAAAGAUAAUGCUGCAUCUCAUCCAACUGGCGCCUUGUCUUUUGGUGCAUUAUUCGGUGCCGGAGUAAUUGUUGCAAAUCUCUAA